UCCAAACUUUGGCCAAACUCGCAUCCUUCGGCGUCCGUCGCGCUCUUGGCGUCUUCUUCUUCUUCCUGGAAGAAGGAAGGAAGGAAGGAAGGAAGGAAGGAAGGAAGGAAGGAAGGAAGGAAGGAAGGAAGGAAGGAAGGAAGGAAGGAAGGAAGGAAGGAAGGAAGGAAGGAAGGAAGGAGGCAUGGGCGAGGGACUUGGGGGCCGAAAGGCUCCGCGCCCCCGCCUGACCGGCCUGGCCGAGAGGAGAGAGCGGCCCGGAUCCAAGAUGCUCUUCUUCCUCCUCCUCCUCCGCCUUCUCCACGCCGCCCGUGGGCACUACUCCGAGGAUCAGUGCAGUUGGAGGGCGGCCUCUCCCACGAAGCCAGCAGUGUGGAGCAGAUCUCCUUGCGCUGCGCCGAAGGCUCCUUGGAGUGGCUCUACCCGGCCGGGGCCUUGCGCCUGAGCCUCUUCCCUCGCCUGCCCGCCGGCGCCACCGGCCGAGAGAGCCCCAGGCGCGCCACGGCCUGCAUCAAGUCCGCCCUCGGUUUCCGGGGGGCCCAGAUCUACCUGGAGAGGGACGGGGUGCUGGAGCUGCUCCUCUCGGAGGCCGAGGCCGCGGCUGCGCAGCCCGAGGUGCGGUGCUUCCACUGGCUGCCCAAGGAGAAGGUGGCCCUCUUCCUCCAGGCCACGCUGCACCAGGACAUCAGCCGCCGCAUCGCCGCCUUCCGCUACGAGCUGCGCGGAAACUGGGACUCUCGCUUCUCCUGGCCGUCCGGGAAUCUCAGCACGGAAGAUUCAGGGAGUUGCCGACCGUGUAACAACACUGAAAUCCUAAUGGCUGUUUGCACUAGUGAUUUUGUCAUCCGUGGGAAUAUCCGGACGGUCACCAACGACGUCGAAUCGCAAGAGUCCGUCAUCAGCGUCAGCGCCACUCGGAUCCACCGCCAGAAAUUUGCCUUGUUCCACCCGGUUGGGAAGUACGGGAAGUCGGCGGGCAGCAUCCGGACCCUUUUGCGUUGUGGGGUGAAGCCAGGGCCCGGCAGCUUCCUCUUCACCGGCUGGCUGCAUUUCGGGGAGGCCUGGCUCAGCUGUGCCCCUCGCUACAAGGACUUCCGCCACGUCUACGAGGAGGCGCGCCAGGCUCACCAGAACCCCUGCGAAGUCUCUCUGGACUGAACCCCGGAGCAAAGAAAGAGGAGAGAGGAGCCGGGAGGGGAAGCCCAGCCUCCGCUUUGCCGUGCCGUGCGUGGGGUACAGACCCAUCUUGGUGACACGGCCAGGGAUACGGACGGCCGCAGAAAGGGAAGAGGGCAAACCGUGGUGCAGGUGGAUUGAGUCAGUUCAGAAAGAAGUCUGUGUCGGGUUCUCUUCUCCCAGUUGUGCUGUGGGUCAGUCUUCCACCAGGAAAAGCAUCGAGACACACGCUGGUAGAUUCCAACAGAUUUUAUUGUACAGAAUACCAGAACUUCUCUUUGGCCCAUUUAUAUUGGGGCUCUCACAUACCAGAGGGUAGUUGAGGUUUUAUGGCUUGUCGGGAUCUCUUCUCCCAGUUGUGCUGUGGAUAAGUCUUCCACCAGAAAAGCACCAAGACACACACUGGUAGAUUCCAACAGGUUUUAUUGUACAGAACACCAGAACCUUCUCUUUGGCCCAUUUAUAUAGGGGCUCUCACAUACCAGAGGGUCAUUGAGGUUUUAUGGAUUGUUAGGUUCUCUUCUCCCAGUUGUGCUGUGGGUCAGUCUUCCACCAGAAAAAGCACCAAGACACACGCUGGUAGCUUCCAACAGGUUUUAUUGUACAGAAUACCAGAAGCUUCUCUUUGGCCCAUUUAUAUAAGGGCUCUCACAUACCAGAGGGUAAUUGAGGUUUUAUGGCUGGCAUCUGUAAGACACACGCUGGUAGAUACCAAACGGUUUUAUUGGACAGAAUACCAGAAGCUUCUCUUUGGCCCAUUUAUAUAGGGGCUCUCACGUGCCAGAGGGUAAUUGAGGUUUUAUGGCUGGCAUCUGUAAGACACACGCUGGUAGAUUCCAACAGGUUUUAUUGUACAGAAUACCAGAAGCUUCUCUUUGGCCCAUUUAUAUAAGGGCUCUCACAUACCAGAGGGUCAUUGAGGCUUUAUGGCUGGCCCGUUUUAUGGCUGGCAGCUGUAAGACACACGCUGGUAGAUUCCAGCAGGUUUUAUUGUACAGAAUACCAGAAGCUUCUCUUUGGCCCAUUUAUAUAGGGGCUCUCACAUACCAGAGGGUCAUUGAGGUUUUAUGGAUUGUUAGGUUCUCUUCUCCCAGUUGUUCUGUGGGUGAGUCUUCCACCAGAAAAAGCACCAAGACACGCUGGUAGAUUCCAACAGGUUUUAUUGUACUGAAUACCAGAAGCUUCUAUUUGGCCCAUUUAUAUAGGGGCUCUCACAUAGCAGAGGGCAAUUAAGGUUUUAUGGCUGGCAUCUGUUCUUUGUCAGCCGACCGGAGAUGUUAAAGAUUGGAGAUCAUGACAGUCUGCAAGACCUGCGCAAGUCUAGCAAGAUGACCUCUUACACUGAAGUCGGCACAACACAUCGCAACAAAUACUCAACUCGCCACUACAAAGAUAGAGCUCUGCAAAACAUUUUCUCCCCUCUUGUUAAGCGCCUUGGUGUAGCAAUAAGCCAGGUCAGGGUCCAAAGAAGACAACCGGGCUGCUUUGUCGUAAUGUCGGGACACACCAGAGUGUUACCUGUGCUUUGGACCUUUCUUCUCGCCAACAUUGGAGCAGCGUUCUCUUUGUUUUCCGCUGGAGCAUCAACAAGUGUAACAAUCCCUUCUCAGGGUUGUUGUCUGUUUUCAAGCAAACCGUGGAUUUCAACUUCCCAAUAAAAUGGGAAAUGGUGUCUCAUGCGCGGACAUCUCAUCGUUUGUUGUCGAAGGCUUUCAUGGCCGGGAUCACAGGGUUGUUGUAUGUCUUUCGUUUGCUUUGGCUUCCGGCCAAGGAACCCUGCCAAAGCGAACAAAUCUCACCCCUUUUGUGGCCGAGUUUCAACUCAGGAUGGUGUUGGUUUGAGUUCUGUUUUGGGUCUUGGUGUCCUUUGCCCAUCCGAUCCUUUUCAGCCAAAUGUGACAAAAGGCAAUCAGGUAUAUAGACGUGAAUGCUGGAAUUGGAGAUAGACUUGUGCACAAGUCUGGGUUGUAACAGUAGUGGGCAUCCGACAAUUCAUCCGCCAAAUGACACGGCGACGGCUUGUUCCCAAAUAAUAUGAAUGCGAGGUUGAGCAGAUCCACAUACCGAGUCCAUGUGUGUUGGAUAAUCCAUCAUCUUUGGACUACAGAUGUUGACUGUUCUUCAUGAAAUGAAACUGGAUUCCUCUUGAUUUCGUUCUGUUUGUCUAAAGAUGAAGUCUCAGCUUUUAA